AUGCUCGCUCAGCGUUUCAUCCGCCGGCCUGGUGUUUCGUGGCAAACAUGUAAAUCGUUCACGCUCCGGUCCAUCCCAAAGAGGAACCUCACAUCAGAACAAAUCAAAAUCGUCCAGUCCACGAUCCCAGCCCUUGAGCAACACGGGAUUGCCAUCACGACCCUUUUCUACAAACGGCUCCUCGACUCGCAUCCCGAGCUUAAAAACAUCUUUAAUGCAACGCACCAAGUCACCGGCGAGCAGCCCGCGGCCCUCGCCCACGCCGUGUGGGCAUACGCAUCCAACAUUGAGAAUCCCGCCGCCCUUCAAACGACCAUAUCCCGCAUCGGCCACAAACACGCCAGCCUGGGCAUCACCCCGGAGCAGUAUCCCAUCGUUGGCGAGGGUCUCUUGGCGGCCAUCAAGACGGUGCUGGGCCCCGCUGCGAACGAUCAAGUCAUCGAUGCCUGGGGUGCAGCUUACGAGAAGCUUGCCGAGUAUUUUAUCCAGUUCGAGGGCGAGCUGUAUCGCCAGGCGGCCGCGACCCCCGGAGGCUGGAAGGGGUGGCGCAAGUUCUUCGUCUCGGACAAGGUCCAGGAGAGCGACGAAAUCAUCUCCUUCUACCUGACUCCGGUCGACAGGGACGCUCUGCCGACGUACAAGCCCGGCCAGUUUGUCACGGUGCGAUGCUUCGUCCCGGAGCUGGCGUCGUACCAGCCGCGGCAGUACAGCCUGUCCGACGUGCCCAACGGAAAAUCGUUUCGCAUCUCGGUCAAGAAGGCCGCCGCGUCGGACACCCGCCCGGCCGGCCGCGUAUCCAACGUGCUCCAUGAGGAUCUGCCUGCAGGGGCAGAGCUGGACGUCAGCAUGCCCUUUGGCGACUUUGUGCUCGAUGUCAAUGCCACAACGCCGGUUGUGCUCAUGAGCGGAGGUGUCGGGCUGACGCCCAUGAUGGCCAUGCUCAAGACGCUCGUGGACCAGGCGAGCUGGAGAAAGGUGGUCUUUGUCCACGCCGUGCGCAAUGGCCGCGUGCACGCCAUGAAGGCCGCCUUGUCUGAGAUUGUCGCCAACAAUCCUCAGGUUCGCCGGGCCGUCUUCUACGAAGAGGUGACCGACCAGGACCAACAAGGUUUCGACUACGACUUCGUGGGAAGAGUUGAAUUGAGUAAGAUUAAGGACAUGGUGCUCUUGCCAGGUGCCGACUUCUACAUCUGCGGCCCGCUACCAUUCAUGAAAGCACAGAGCAAGGCUUUGAUGUUGAUGGGCGUGGACGAGGAGCGUGUUCACAUGGAGUUGUUUGGCUCGCCUUCUGAAUGA